AUGAAAUUCCCUACCGAUUCGUGGGAUUUCCUUUUGCUCAAUUUCCUGCUCGAAAAGCUUCCCCGAUCAUUGCGGGAAAAGUUCGAAUCUGUCCAUCGGGCCGAAGAGAUACCGCGAUACGCUCAACUCAUCAAGUUUCUUUCCGAGCACUGUAAAGUACUUGAGGCCAUCUCGGGUCCGUCGACCAUGCCGUUCAAAUCACAAUCGUCCGCGUCGGCUUCGUCGCUUGCAACUCGAACUGCCGAGUGUCCGGCGUGCAAGGAACAACAUCUCGUGUUCAAGUGCCCUCGAUUCUUGAAACUAUCCCCCCGGGAAAGGCAUUCAACGGCCAAAACCGCAAAUUUGUGCUUCAAUUGCCUUCGCGCGGGUCAUGGCGCUAACAACUGCACCUCGACGGGGACGUGCCGGUCGUGCCAGGCUAGGCAUCAUACCCUAUUGCAUUUCGGACGGAGUUCGGGUCCAGUGGGCACCCCGGCGGAUACCGGAGCCCCCUCUGAAACGGCCGCCGAGGAGAGUUCGUCGCCACAACAUAACGAGCCCCUCGUCACCAUGACCAGCGUCGCGAAAUCGAGUUCAACCGUAUUACUGUCAACGGUACAGGCCGAAGCUCUCGACGUCCACGGGAAUCCAUUCCCUGUUCGCAUGCUAUUAGAUAGUGCUAGCCAAUUAAACUUUAUCUCGGAAAAUUGCAUGCAAAGGGGUGGCUUCGGACGAACCAAAGGUCGCACGGUGGUUCUAGCGGUUAAUGAUACUAAGGCGGCUGCCACUCGAGGCAGUACCUCACUCAUGAUUCAAGUACAGGGUAACGGCAACACUCGCGUUCCGAUAGAGGCUACGAUUCUCCCACGCAUCUCCGCACAAUUACCUAGUAGUCAAGUCGAACAAAGAGCGUGGAAACACAUAGAGGGAUUGAAACUUGCGGAUCCGCGGUAUCACCGACCGGGUCCCAUCGAUAUCUUAAUCGGCGCAGAGAUUUUUACGUCAUUGCUUCGAGACGGUCGUCGCGUAGGGAAGAAGGGCGAACCAGACGCCUUUAAUUCCAUUUUCGGAUGGGUUCUAGUCGGUUCGGUAUCGACGCAGGCAUCUCGGUCUACACACUCGUUCCUGACUCUCGAUUCAUUAGACGCGUCUCUCAAUCGAUUUUGGCAGUUAGACGAGAUUCCCUCGGCUCCGCCGUAUUCACAGGAAGAUAGACGUUGCGAGGAAUUAUUUGCGCAGACCACGCGUCGCGAUGUAUCUGGUCGAUUUGUAGUAUCGUAUCCUUUCAUAAAGGAUAAACCUUGUUUCGUUGGCACGCGUCAAGUAGCCGUGAAUAGAUUUCGCGCACUUGAGCGUCGCUUCAAAGCGGAUAAAGAAUUCAAAGCAAAUUACAGCAAAUUCAUGCAGGAUUACUUAGCUAAUGGCUAUAUGAAAUUGAUCAAGCAGCCGUUCCCAGUGGACGGACCUGUCUUUUACCUACCCCAUCAUGGGGUACUCAAGUCGGAUAGCACGACUACGAAAUUGCGCGUCGUAUUUGAUGGAUCGGCUAAGGAUCUGAACGGCGUCUCGCUGAAUCAAAUGUUGCGAUCCGGUCCCAAAUUACAAUCAGACAUAGUUGUGAUAUUAUUGAUGUUUCGGCUUGGUCUCGUGGCGCUCACCGCGGAUGUCAGACAGAUGUUCCUUCAGAUAUUGGUCGAACUCGGUCAAUGUGACUAUCAGCGAAUAGUGUGGCGUUUCUCGGAAAACGAUCCGAUCUCGGACUACCUUUUGUUGACUGUCAUUUUCGGAUUGACAUGCUCUCCGUUCAUAGCGAUUGCUUGCAUGUUAAAGUUAGCAGCCGAAGGCAAAACGAGAUACCCAUUGGCCGCAGCUGCCUUGGAAGAGAGCGUCUACGUCGACGAUGUGGUGACGAGUGUCGAGUCCGUGGAGAAGGCCCGCGAGCUUCAGCGGCAACUACAAGCCUUGCUUAAAACUGCCGGCUUCGAACUCAGAAAAUGGGCCAGUAGCCAUCCGUCGGUCUUGGCGGAUCUGGAUCCGGAACUCCGCAGCCAAUCGUUACUAUCCUUUGAAUCGCCGGAAGACCAGUUUCUUAAAGUCCUUGGACUUCGUUGGUACCUUCAAACGGACGACUUUGGAUUUCAGGUCAACCCGUUGGACAGAGAUUGCACCAAACGCACCAUUCUCUCUGAAUUAGCUCGCAUCUUUGAUCCAUUGGGGUUCCUGACCCCGUUUACAUUCAUGGCCAAACGAUUGAUCCAGCAACUCUGGAUGCUUAAAGUAGAGUGGGACGACAGGCCCCCCUCAGAGAUAUGUUCUAAAUGGGAAAGAUACAAGUCGGAGCUCUCCGCGUUAGCCUCCAUUCGUAUACCUCGUACUAUCGCGGUCGUAAAUAAGGUAUUCAGGCGAGAAAUCCACGGAUUUUGUGACGCGAGCGAGCAGGGCUACGGAGCCGUUGUAUAUAUUAGACUCGUCACCGAGAAUGGGGUGACAAUCCGAAUGCUCAUCGCCAAAUCAAAGGUGGCCCCACUCAAGGCCAUCACAUUACCGAGACUCGAACUUUCCGCGGCUGUCUUGCUGUCAGAUUUGUUGGAAUAUGUCGAGAAAAUUCUCCGACCUAAAAUUGCCGUCGACGACACAUACGCCUGGUCGGAUUCUGAGGUUACCCUCGCGUGGAUACGCUCGGCUCCGCACCGUUGGAAGACGUUCGUGCGUAAUCGUGUCGCACGCAUCCAGUCUAACACAAACAUUUCCUGCUGGAAACAUGUCGAUACCAAAUCUAACCCCGCGGAUUGUUGCUCAAGGGGCUUAUUCCCCCAGGAACUAGUCGAUCACCCGCUGUGGUGGACCGGUCCUGCGUGGCUCGUCGAAUUUGAACCUACUCAAGAAACGACAUUGGAAGCUGAGGAUCUUCCCGAGGAGGAAGAAAAUUCUCGCGCCUUUGUUUCCACAAAUCCUGCGGAUGACGUAGAUUCCAUUACUGUUGCCGAUUCGCUUCUCGAUCGCUUCUCGUCGUUAGACAAACUCGUCAGAGUGUUCGCGUAUUGCCUCCGAUUCGCUACCAAAACUAGAUCAAACGCGCUCACUCUCGUCGUGGAUCAAAUCGAAUUUCACUCGACCUUGUUAUACCUUGUCAAAUCUGUACAAUCUCGUUGUUUCGCAGAGGAUAUCGGUAGCUUAAGACGCAGUCAGAGCUGCUCCAAACCUCUGCGAAAACUUGCCCCCUUCUUGGAUGGUCGCGGAGUCCUCAGGGUGGGCGGCAGGCUCACCCAUUCCGCCAUCUCAUACGAGGCUAAGCACCCGGCAUUGCUGCCUAAUCGACAUCGACUCACGGAAUUUAUAGUAGAGCGCACCCACCGCCUACACCUGCAUCCGGGACGUCGAUCGUUGCAUUAUAUCCUGUCACAAAACUUCUGGAUUCUGGGGGCCCAUCAGGCCAUUAAACGCUGCCUAUCGCGCUGUUAUCGGUGCUUCAGGGCGAAUCCACGCCCGAUGCAACCGCCCAUGGCGGACCUACCGUUAGACCGA